GACUUUUGUUUCCAGACGGUCUGUUUUACUUGAUUGCGGCGUAAGUCGUCACCGGGUAGUUAUUUUAGCAAUUAACUAUGAAACGUUUGUCCGAAUUUUAAGAAUUCGCUAUAUUUCUAACUUGUUUACGGCACCCAAGAGGAAGCAUCUCAGACACAUAUAUAUUUACUUGAUAAAAAAAACCCUUUUCCUAAUGGUGUGAAAGAGUCUGGCCUGUACGGGAUUCAAUCAUGGAUAAAAGUAAUCCGAGCGCUCGCAACGAGGGAUCUGUUGACACAUCCACUCUCGUUUCAGAAGAUGGGAAAAAUAUGAAGUCAGUCGUAUGCCAACGUUGUGGCUCCAAAGUGCUGUGCCCAGGCAUGGCCAUCUUUGCAGAAAAGGAGCUGUUUCUGCCUUCAAUGCGAAAGAAGACCACCAUUAAUCAGUCUGAUGGAACAUUAGAUGGAGACACAUUAACAGCUCACUGGCUGGUAGAUGAUAUGUACACUUUUGAAAAUGUCGGCUUCACAAAAGAUGUAGGUAAAGUGAAGUAUCUUAUCUGUGCCGAUUGUGAGAUUGGACCUAUUGGAUGGCACAACCUUGAUGACCAGAAGACUUUCUAUGUAGCACUGGACAGAGUUGAUCAUGAGUAGAGUGUAUGAAGGCUUGUGUGUAAGAUGGUGAUGUAUUCCUUAAAUGCUAUCUCUCCAUUCAGCAUGCUAGAGAUUCACACAGCGCUCUAUGAUCAGAAUACUAGGAGUAAACUGGACAUGGUUUUGGGGUUAACUUUUUUUUACAUGCAAUUUUUUGUUCAUUUUUCUUAUGGUAAGGAAUUUUUACAUUAAACAUCUUUCACAAUCCUACUUUGUUCUCAGUUACAUCUCAACACCAUUAAAAUCUUAUUUUCAAAGUACUGGUGUUAAUUUAAUUUUGUAAAAUACUUUUUAACACUCCAUCUGUAAAGUCUGCUUGCUAUAUAUAAAAAUGCAGCAGUUUAAGUGAACAAUCAUCUGCGAGCAGGAGAAUAGCGGGAUGUGGGCCACUAGAAAUGGCUUUGUCAGUAUACAACAGCAACAAAGAGGAAUGGCAAUCCUGUGAUCAUACUGUUUGGAGAUACCAAGAGUUAAAUAGGACUCACUGUGGGCUAUAAGCUAUGUGUAAGCACUGUGAAGCCUGACACCAUCAGGUAAGGCUUAUAAAAGGAAGCUAUGUG